AUGAAUUCUUUGAUUACCAUCGAGCAAUUUCUUGAAGCUUGUGAAACGUGGAAUUUAGAAGAGGUACAUCAUGCUGUAGAAUCAGGUUUCCUUGUUGAUACAUUUGAUGAUGAUCAUGUUACCGGAUUACAAAUGGCUGCUGCAACUGGAAAUAUUGGAAUUGUACAAUAUUUACUUGAUCGAGGUGCUGAUAUUGAGAAAACAAAUCAGGUUGGCAUGACAGCUCUUCAUCAUGCAGCAAAAAAUGGUCAUGCUAAUAUUGUUCGAAUACUUGUUCAACGUGGUGCAAAUUAUCACAAAUUAACAUAUCUUGGUGCAUCAGCGAUAACUUUAGCAGCCGGAAAUGGACAUAUUGAUCUUGUUAAAUUACUCCUUGAUUUACGUGUUAAUAUUAAUCCAUCACAUACGGCACUUUGUCCAACACCUGUAAUAGCUGCAGCAUUUCGUAGACAUACACAUUUAUGUGCAUUAUUAUCACAAAGAGGAGCUUAUUUGGAUGGCAAUAUUCAACGAUUAUCAAAUCUUUCCGCUCUAUCAACAGCAAUAUCAUGUGGUGCAACAACAAUUGUUGGUACAUUACUUGAACUUGGCGUUAAUCCAUCAUUUCGAUCAUUGCAUGGUAUGACUUCAAUAGAACUUGCGCAACAUUUACAACGAAAUGAAGUAUUAACAGUGAUAAAUUCAUUUCUUCGAAGUACCAUAAAAGAAGAAGAACCAAAAGAAGUAGAUUUACGACAGCUUAUUUAUAAUAAUGAUGAAAAUGGUAUACGAAUGAUAUUUGGCCGACAUUUACCGUAUGUUCCAUUUCCGGAAAAUACUACACCACUAAUGUAUGCUAUACUCUUGGCUGAUAUCAAUAUUGUAAAAAUAAUUCAAGAAUCAAAUGUUGCUGAUAUUAAUGCUGCUGAAAAUGUUUCCGGUCUUACAGCUCUCAUGUUUGCUGCUAUUAUUGGAAAUUAUGAAAUUAUGGAAUAUCUGAUAAACAAUGGUGCUGAUAUUUCGCUAAUAUCAGUUGAUGGUUUUACAGCUAUCGAUUAUGCAUUUGCUAUAGGUAAUAUAAAUGUUGAUUCACUUUGUUUACUACAACAACAUCCUACUGGACCAUUAUCACAACAUACUGAUACCGAUAAUCACCAUUAUCAAUAUCAACAACACUUAAGUCGUGUUAUUAAUAGUAGUAAGACGAAAAUUCUAAACAAACUAUCUAAUCAUGUUGUUGGUUUUGGUAGUAAUACUGGAAAUAGCAUUGAUAGCAAGGAGAAGACAAACUUUAACCGAGCGCAUUUGUUUAAACUUGUACAAAUUCAUCAACAUGAUGAUGAAGAAUUCAUUAUGGCUAAUGAUAUUUUAAAAUCAAUUGGAAAUGAAAAAGCUGGAAAAUGCGAUAAUUUACAUCGCUAUAUUGAAGCUGCUAGAUUUGUUGCUGAAAAUUGCGCUAAUCAGGGAAUUCUUAAUUUACCGGUAUUAUUUACUCUAAAUAAACAUAAAUUGGAAAAGAGUAAUUUGAUUAAAUAUGGGCCAUCGUUGGAUAAUUCAUUUCCUAUUAAUACAGCAAUCAAUCAUAAGUAUCGGAAUUUUUUAUCAAUUGCUCAGUGGAAUGCUUAUUUAUAUUAUGAAUGUCGUUUUCCAAAGAGAAAUUCUGGUGAAGCAUUUUUAUAUGGUAGCAGAAGACGACAUCGAUAUGAUGAUAAUGAUAGUCGAGAAAUUAGCUCUUCAACAUCAAUUUCAGAUUAUUCAACUUCAAUGCUUUCACGUCAUUAUGCAUCAUUGGGACGUUGCUCAACGCAUACAUUGGGUACCAUUCCAAGAUUUCGUAGUCGAUCACGUGAAACAAUUAAACGUAAUAAUAUGGGUGAUGGUGAAGAAGAUGAUGAUGAUGAUCGUAAUUCACCAUCACGUUCAUCAUUAAAUCAAUAUAUUUUUUCUGAUAAAGAUGGCGAACGUUUAAAAAAGUAA